UCUCUACUGUCCCCCCACCCUGUCUCUCUACCCCCGACCCCCCCCCGUCCGAACCCACAUUCCACUUUACUCAAACAAAACAGAAAAUCCUUUGAACCACCUCCAAUGACUCCCGAAGAACCCGAAUUGAAAAAUGGACUCGAACCUAAACCCGCAACUGAACAAAAACAAGAUCCGGAGCUAGAGACAAUGGUAGCACCGGAAUCAAAGCCAGCACCGGAACCAGAACCGGAACCAGAACCAGAACCAGCAACAAUUCACGUCACGAGCGCAGAUCCUGAGGCAGAGGAGCCAAAUGAAACCGAGAUCCAAUCAAACGAAUCAGAGAAACCUGAAUCGAACGAGCAAAAUGCGAGUCGUCCUGCUGAGCUACAACAGAACAGAACAUUCACGAUGAGAGAAUUGCUCACUGAAUUAAAAACCGAAGAAGGCGACGAUGCGGCAAGCACUCCUCUCAGUCAACAGAGCACACAGCAGCAGCAGCAGCAGCAAAAUAAUGCGGCAAUGGAAUUGAUUGAUAGUGUUACCAGUACUGAUGAGGAAGGUCGGUCGCGUCAACGUGUUCUCACAUUUGCUGCCAGGAGGUAUGCGAGUGCUUUAGAGAGAAAUCCAGACGAUUAUGAUGCGUUAUAUAAUUGGGCAUUGGUUCUUCAGGAAAGUGCAGAUAAUGUUAGUCUGGAUUCUACUUCACCUUCCAAAGAUGAUUUGCUUGAGGAAGCUUGUAAAAAAUAUGAUGAGGCUACACGUCUUUGCCCAACACUUAAUGAUGCUUUUUACAAUUGGGCUAUAGCAAUUUCUGAUCGGGCCAAAAUGCGUGGUCGUACAAAGGAGGCUGAGGAACUGUGGAAGCAGGCAACGAAAAACUAUGAAAAAGCUGUCCAACUUAACUGGAACAGCCCCCAGGCACUCAAUAAUUGGGGACUUGCUCUACAGGAACUCAGUGCAAUUGUUCCUGCAAGAGAAAAACAAACCAUUGUGAGAACUGCAAUUAGCAAGUUCCGUGCAGCAAUUCAGUUGCAAUUUGAUUUUCAUCGAGCAAUCUACAACCUCGGAACUGUUUUGUAUGGGCUAGCCGAGGACACAUUAAGAACCGGGGGAACACCCAAUGCUAAAGAUGUUUCCCCUAAUGAGUUGUAUAGCCAGUCUGCUAUCUACAUUGCAGCUGCUCAUGCAUUGAAACCAAAUUACUCGGUAUAUAGCAGUGCAUUGAGGCUUGUGCGUUCCAUGUUACCUUUACCAUAUCUUAAAGUUGGAUAUCUAACUGCUCCGCAAGCAGGGAAACCAAUUGCACCUCACAAUGAUUGGAAGAGAUCAGAAUUUGUUUUGAAUCAUGAAGGGCUUCAACAGAUUAGCAAAUCAGAGCAAAAACAAGUUCGCCGGAGCCUCUCUGGCAGACCAUCAGAUGUAUCGAAUAGUGACAAAAAGGCUAUCAAAGUCGAGGUUCCAGAUAUUGUUUCUGUAUCAGCAUGUGCUGAUCUGACUUUGCCACCUGGUGCGGGCCUCUGUAUAGAUACUAUUCAUGGGCCACUUUUCUUGGUUGCUGAUUCAUGGGAAUCCCUGGAUGGAUGGCUUGAUGCAAUUCGUCUGGUGUACACAAUCUAUGCACGAGGCAAGAGUGAGGUCCUAGCAGGUAUCGUAACAAGCUGAUUGCAGUUAUGAAUUGUCUGCUUGAACGAUGCAACCUUCUUCUGAAGAUGUAUGUAUGAUUCAUGUAUUGAAAUUGGGAUUUGGUCAUUUUGAAAUAAGCUGUAUAUGAUAGAAUUUGUCAUAGAGAUGCACUUUUGUAAAAUUUUCUCUGCAUGAUCAAGUGUUGCACAUCAAUUUUAGUUUUGGGUGGCUGGUGAGUAA